AUGACCAUUAAAAAUUUUGAUUACUCACAAAGUUCUUCAUGGAUUUUUCUUAAAUUUCACUUCUCUGGUAGUGUCAUAGUUGAUGCUAACGUGAAACUAAAAAGUUCUGGAAGUUCAGGAAGCACAAGCCAUACAGCAAGUGAUGUCAAGACAGCUAUCACACAGCAGGCUAGUUCAGCUGAUGGACCUUUGUCCAAUAUUGACACAGCUUCUUUGGAUGUUAAGUCUGCAACGGCAACCACUGCAGCUCCAGCUACAACCACUGCAGCGCCAGCAACAACUACUGCAGCUCCAGCAACAACCACUGCAGCUCCAGCUACAACCACUGCAGCGCCAGCAACAACUACUGCAGCUCCAGCAACAACCACUGCAGCACCAGCAACAACCACUGCAGCUCCAGCAACAACCACUGCAGCGCCAGCAACAACCACUGCAGCUCCAGCAACAACCACUGCAGCACCAGCAACAACCACUGCAGCUCCAGCAACAACAACUGCUGGCCAGGGACCAUCCACUGCAGCUCCAGCAACAACCACUGCUGGCCCUGCAACAACCACUGUAGCUCCUGCAACAACCGCUGCAGCUCCAGCAACAACAACUGCUGACCAGGGACCAUCCACUGCAGCUCCAGCAACAACAACUGCUGGCCAGGGACAAACUACUGUAGUUCCAGUAACAACCACUGCUGGCCCAGGAACAACUACUGCAGCUCCAGCAUCAACAGCUUCUGGCCCAGGAACAACUACUGCAGCUCAAGUAACAACAAUUGCUGGCCCGGGAACAACAACUGCAGAUCCUGCAACAACUGCAGCAGCUUCAGAAACAACCAUUGCAGCUGAAGCAACAUCAACUGAAGCUCAAGCAACAACCACUGCUGCCCCAGGAACAACAACUGUAGCUCCAGAAACAACCAUUGCAGCUGAAGCAUCAUCAACUGAAGCUCAAGCAACAACCACUGCUGCCCAGGGAACAACCACUGCAGCUCCAGCAACACCUACCAACAAUACUAUGCCUCCUACAAACCAUACUACACCACCUACCAACUACACUAUGCCUCCUACAAACCAUACUACACCACCUACCAACUACACUAUGCCUCCUACAAACCAUACUACACCACCUACCAACUAUACUAUGCCUCCUACAAACCAUACUACACCACCUACCAACUACACUAUGCCUCCUACAAACCAUACUACACCACCUACCAACUAUACUAUGCCUCCUACAAACCAUACUACACCACCUACCAACUACACUAUGCCUCCAAACAAUUACACCACACCUGCUGCAAACAUGACCAUGGCUACGAUGACCACUGAGAUUGAGUAUGUCAACAAAACUGUUCCCAAAUCAGGUGAGCUAUAA